GAGAUGACGUGCUCAAGAGGCGGCGCCGUGAGCGUGGGGGGUCCUGUUGUUGUAGGUGGCGGCGGCGGAGUGAAAUUGGAGCCUCUCAAACGGCGGGCGGUGGCGGGUGGCCGAAGCUGGAGGUGGGCGGGCAGGUGGGUCUGUGAAGGGCCUGGGGCCGGUCAUGGCGCUGGGGCCUGACCCAGGGGGAAGAUGAAUAAGGGCUGGCUGGAGCUGGAGAGCGACCCUGGUGAGUGAAUAGGGGAGCCCCCCCCCCCGCGGUCGCCGGGGGGUCGUGAGGGGGAGGCCUCGGGGAGGGGGACGGGGGGAAGCCUGGGGCAAUGAAGAGGUGGGGGGGCGGGCGGUGGGUGGACCCGGAGAAGGGGGAGGGAGAUGUGCUGCUUCUCUCUUCCCCUCCCACUUGGGAAUCGGGAGGGUGGUGGGCUAGGAUACCUGGCUAAGGCGGGUGGUGGCUAAAAGCUUGUUCUUGGGGAGUGCAUUGAUAGCGGGAGAGAGGUUGGCGGUGGAAUUGGGCUGUCCCCAUGUGUGGCAGUGCCCAGAGGGCGGCUGAAACUUUUAAGGGGAUUCAUCGGAAGCUGGGGAGGAGUUGGGGCAUGCAAUGUCUAUGCUGUGCCACCCAAUGGCAGGCGACUUUAUAUCCUGAUGAUAAGUUGCCUUGUGGUUGCCCAAGAUAAGUGGGCAGCAAGGCAAGUUAGGUGGUGGUAUAUUUGGAGAUGUCCAAAACCACGUUCAUAUUGGUCUGCAUAUGUGUAUGCCCUUUAGCUGAAUGGAGCCCUUUUAUCAUCAUUGUGACAGGGCACGUUUUUAUGCUGUUGUGCUGCCCCUGUAAUGUGGAAUGCUCAUCCCUCUGCCAGGCAUUCCUUGACCCAUAAGUUUGGACCCUGUUUUACAAGCUUGAACCCUUUGGAUUUCUGUUUUAUUUGAUUUUAUGCGCUUUUCCGUUACUGUUUUAUAGGUUUUGUUCUUUUUAAAUUAUAUAUUUAGUACCUUUAAGCCAGCUGCCCUCAACCUUGGGUCACUAGAUGGUGUUGGACUACAACUCCCAUCAACUCUGACCACUGGUCCUGCUAGCUAUGGAUGAUGAGAGCUACAGUCCAACAAUAUAUGGGGGCCCAAGGUUGAGAAAGGCUGAUUGAUUGUACACGACUUAGAUUUUUAAAAUAUUAAGUGCUUUAUAAACAUUUCUAAAUAAAAAACCUCAUGUCUUUGUCUUGCUACAAAUCCAACUCUACUUGUCAGAUUCAUGUGAAAGAAGUCUAAAUACUUAAUAACAAACAGUGAGAGUAAGGCUUGAAAAUGUACCUUAUUCCAACCAAUUAGAAGGAUGCACCAUGUAAGGUUGAAGCAUAUUUUUUCUGGAAAUGUGGAAUGCUAGAAUACAACAGCCAACACUGUUGUAACAAUAGAUGCUUUCUAUAGAAAACAGCUGAGGCCUUCUGCAGGGGAAAGACUUAUUAUUAACAUGUAUAUGCUGUCUGUUUUUCAAGCUAGUGUAUACUUCACCACAGCUGAAAAAAAUUAAGUAUGUUUCCCAAUUAUUGCACUGUUUAGCUUCUGUUAGAUUGGCUCAAAAAUUAACCAGAGUUACUUUAAAAAACAAACCAACAAGAAAUAGAUUGGCUUGGAAUAUAAUCCAAUCUGAUUUUGGAAAUUGUCCCCCAGCUAGCCAGCCUCUGGCCCUCAGCCCCUGUACUUUACCUGUGCUGUGCUGAUGAGAAGUGGGUUUGUACCCUUACUCAGGCUGCAAAGCUCUACAAAUGACCUUGCACCAGUUACCCACCAACCUUCAUGGGUUUGUUCUCUCAUCCAUCCACAUCAGUGUGAACGCUUUGGUGAAAAGGUGGGAUAUAAAAGUGAAAAAUAAUAUUACACAUCUGAAUUCUUUAUGAAGGUGCCCAGUAGUAUGACUAAAUAAUUUCUAGUCUUGAUUUUGCGUUUAACAUUCAUAGUGAAAUAAAUGCUAAAAGUUUCUUUCUGAAGAAUACAUGAAUUGGUCAGUAAGCAAUUUUCUGUCUUGUAUUCUUUUGUAGGGCUCUUCACUCUAUUAGUAGAGGAUUUUGGUGAGUAUGGCAACUGGUAGUCUAUGAAUGAUACCUAAUGUUAGUCAUAUUCAGAGUAGCCUCACUGAAAUAAAUGAAUUGAGUUAAUUCCUUUUGUUUCAUUUGGACUACUCUAUGACUAACAUUGGAUAUCACCUUGCUAAUAUUCCUUGACUGCUCCUUCCCACAUGGUGACUCCUGCUAUAUCUUCUUGUAGGUGUUAAGGGGGUGCAAGUUGAAGAAAUCUAUGAUUUACAGAGCAAAUGCCAAGGGUAAGUUAGUAAUCAUUAUAUUGAUUUGAGAAAGGCAAAAUAUCCUUCUGAUGUUUGUGAAUAAUCAUUGUGUAAAGAUCUGGCUCAGCCAUAAGUUCUUAGCAAAGGGCUUGGCAAUCAGUGGAUAAACAGUGCUUGGUGGCUGUGCUUUUGCUCUCUCACCUCUCAAACGUGGUCUGUGGGGGAGAUAAAGAUUUGACCCACCAAAUAGAUCUAGUUUCCCACCUCUGUCAAACCUUCUGUAAUGCAGUACAACUAUGUAAAUAAGCACAUACAAGUUACUAGCCUUCUUAGAAGAUAGCAGCAUUCCUGGUCAGCUACGGCUACCAGGUUAGUGUUUAAAUACAAGACUGCUGUAUCUUAGAGUAGUACAAAAAUAGUGUGUAAAGCAUAGACAAUUAAAUGUAGAUAAUUAACUUUCAUUCAGAGUAAACCUACUCAAAUUAAUGACCAUUACUAACUUAGGUCCAGUUAUUUAAAUGGGUCUACUUGGAGUAAAAGUUAGCUGAAUACAACCCAAGGUCUAUGUUAGAUUGUAGCUAUUUCAGUUGGCCGCUAUUGCUAUUUCGGAGUAUCAGGAAUGAUGCAAUAAUGGGGAUUUGUAAUGUGGUAUGGUUGACUUUGUCUACUCGCCCCACUGCUUUUACCAGCUAUAGUUAUUGUUUAAAUGACUGAAGCUCUUAGGCUGACAUGUGUGAAUGACUAGAGAACUGUUGAAAGAAAUGCUUCAAAAGUGAUGCAGCUUCAUCGGUACCCUGCUGUCUCCAUUCUUUUCUUCAGGCCAGUCUAUGGGUUCAUCUUCCUUUUCAAAUGGAUUGAAGAGCGCCGAUCACGACGGAAGGUCUCAACUCUGGUAGAUGAGACAUCAGUGAUUGAUGAUGACAUUGUCAAUAAUAUGUUCUUUGCUCAUCAGGUGAGCUGACAUGGAUGAAGAAAGAAGGAUGUCCCCAGUUGGUAGAGACAGGGAUUAAUGUGAGCCGGUCUAAUACUUGGCACUGAAAACAAAUCCCCAGAAUUCGAUCUGGAAUAUGUGAAUUACUGUUCAAGAAAACUGCUUUUGAGUAUGUGCAGAGUGUCAACUCCUCAUCACUGAGUGACCACAGUUGACCACAACCAAUUUGAGAUCAGGGAUAUGGCCUUCCAUGGUGGAAGGCUCCAAGUCUUAUUUCAUAACUUGGUUACAGAAUAGAGCAUGCUCAUAUUCGGAGUAGGGAAUGUCAUCCUCCAGCCCUUUUUGUUGUUGUUCAUUCAUUAAUUCCCAGAGCCUGCCAUAAUCACAAUUUCUUACUUACCUUCAGUUACUUAACUUAUUACUUUAUUUGGUAUGUCCGUUUCCAUAAAACUGCCCUUCACUGUUGCCUGGUUCAGACAACACAUCCCCAUGGUUUAUCAGACUAAGGUUGUGAUGACAGAACCAAGCCAGUAUCUUUCCCUCCUUGUGUAUCUGCUGGUUUCUUAGGUAGAUACCUAAAGUAUUCACUGAAAUCUGAAACUCGCAGACAAAAAAACCCAAAUCGUACAAUUGAAUUGAUAUAGUAAGUCAAAUUUCUAUAACUUGUUCAAGUUUUCCUUUAUAAAGCUCACAUUCUUUCUCUGCUUAGCAUGUUCAGAUCUGCUUGUAAUAUAUACUUUCAGCAUGAUUUAUGCUGAAGAUGGAAAUGAUUCAGAGGAAUAUACUGAAAAUGAAACAUUUGUUAGUAGGCUCCUGUUUUCUGGUGGGUUGAACUAUUCCAGAGGUAUUGCAGCUUUCUGAUUUAUCGGUCUUGCACACUCCUCACUCACCAUCUAACACAACUGGGGACAAACAAGUCAAUACAGUGGGUGUUAUCUGUUAGCACCUUGGUGUGCUUACUUCAGUGACUUUCUCUGUCAAAACUUCUCUUGAAUAAGGGAGUCAUUGUUACUAAUGUGCUCUGAUUUGUGUAGGCUGAUAUUUUUAGGUGUGUGGGCCUUGCAUCAGGGAGUUGAAUUCUAUGGCGUUUUGAUUCCUUCCAGUUUUGACUGCGACCUCUAACCAUUACCAUGCAUUAAGAACCAUAUGUUUAGCUUGUAGGCAUCAAUAGCUACAAUGGUAGAUUUACGCUUAGUGUUGAUGACUGUUUCAUUGCUUUGUUUUUCAAAAUGUUUGUAAAUAUUAUGUUUUAUAGCUGAUCCCCAAUUCUUGUGCCACACACGCGUUGUUGAGUGUCCUCCUGAACUGCAGCAGUGUAGACCUGGGGCCAACUCUGAGCCGAAUGAAGGAGUUCACAAAAGGGUUUAGUCCAGAGGUAUGAUGCAGCAGGGUGCAUUUAGGGUGGGAUACUCUGAAAUCGGGAUGCGGGUGGUGCUGUGGUCUAAACCACUGAGCCUAGGGCUUGCCGAUCAGAAGGUCGGCCGUUCGAAUCCCUGCGAUGGGGUGAGCUCCCGUUGCUCGGUCCCAGCACCUGCCAACCUAGCAGUUUGAAAGCACGUCAAAGUGCAAGUAGAUAUAUAGGUACCGCUCCGACUGGAAGGUAAACAGCGUUUCUGUGUGCUGCUCUGGUUUUGCCAGAAGCGGCUUGGUCAUGCUGGCCACGUGACCCGGAAAAACUGUCUGCGAACAAACGUUAGCUCCCUCGGCCAGUAAAGUGAGCUGAGCGCAACAACCCCAGAGUCGUUCGCGACUAGACUUAACUGUCAGGGGUCCUUUACCUUUUUUAAUCUGAAAUCACUGUAAGCCUCUGAUCUCCCCAAGUGCUUUUAUAAAACAUCCUUUCUUUGUAGUGUCUUCUUUCCCAGCCAGUAUGACUUAUCUCCAUAUUGUCUGAUCAAACUGUGGUUGUAGUCGUCUUGCAAAACUCAUGCAGAUUAUUUCUAAGUAAAUUUUACUUAGCUUUUACUUAGAGAGUAGUCCUCCUGGCUAGCUGGAGUGGUGCCCAAGCUAUGCCAUUCUGAAUUCAAUCAGGAAGGGGGGUGGUUAUUGGCAUUUCGGGGGCCUGCCUUGCCUGUUAAAGGGCCCUAGUGAAAAUAAAGCUAUCUUAUCUUUUUGCUCUGUUUCCUCCCCACAGAGCAAAGGCUAUGCCAUUGGAAAUGCCCCAGAACUGGCCAAGGCCCACAACAGUCAUGCUAGGUAAGUGGGGUCACAACACAAAAGUGCUUGCUGCAAAAUAGACCACAUCUAUUCUGACUUCUUGUCUAUUGAUUUUUUGGUAGGCCAGAGCCCCGGCAUUUGCCAGAGAAACAGAAUGGGAUCAGUGCGGUGCGAACCAUGGAGGCUUUUCACUUUGUCAGCUAUGUUCCCAUUAAGGGGAGGCUCUUUGAGCUGGAUGGCCUGAAGGUUUAUCCCAUUGACCAUGGUAAGGGACUCCACCUACUGUGCCUUAGCUUAUCUGAAAAACUAAAAAUGUUGGUCUGGCUGCAAGAUAUUUGGAGUCAUCAAAAAUGUUGUUGUUGGCACCCAUCUCUCUCGAGAGACAAUAGGGUGCAUCUCUGAGUUGUAUGCCUCGGAAGUGUGUAUAUGGAAGUCCUGGGCUGCCCAGAGGACAAGAACACCCCUCUUGGCUUUGCUGAUGUGGUCCAAAGGAAAACAGAGCAAUACAUUCUGCACCAGCUUGGCUGCAGGAAUUGCAGGAAGGAGGCUGUGUUUGCAGUUUUAGUCCUACUGUUCAUUUGCUUGCAAUUGCUCUUUUCAGAUGUUUUUGGUAUAUUUUGUAUUUGUUGUAUUAUUAUUCUGCAAAUUCUUCUGGUGAGGCAGGAAAGAAAUACAUUAAAUCGUUGCAGUAAGUAAAAUAAACGAUAGCAGAACUGUCUGCAAACUUAUAUACGUAGACAGGCACAUGUGGAAAAAGAAAAGAAAGUGGGCAAGGGAAGAGGUUGGAGGAAAAGUAAAAUCUAUGAAUUGGCAAAGGUCUAGGAAAUAGAUGUACCUUGGGGAGCUCAUUAAAGAAUGGGACUGAAUCAUGACUGGAGGCAACAUCAUAUCUAAGGAUUUCUUUGUUACAUCUUGUGGGUGUGAGGAGAGAGAAUGGGCGGAAAUGCCUUAUUCUGGUAACCUCUGCAAGCGGUUGAGCAAGAGAACAGCAUUAGAAUGCACCUGGAUACAAUGGGAAGGAGUGGUUUGUUUUUUAAUCUGAAUGUGUUUCUGGGUUUUUAUUUUCUUUAGAUUUGAUAACCUGUUCUGGGUCUCAGGGUUAGGCUGAAAUAAAGAUCUUAAAGGGGGACAAUUUACAUUUAUUUUGUAAGUUGACUUUGCAGGUAGCGUGGAUGGAUCAGAAUCUAGCCAAUCUGAGCUUGUUCCCAAGGGUUGUUGCAUGUGAUAGGUCUUGUGAUGGAUUUCUUUACCUUAACUGAACCACCUUUACACUCCCUGUUGCGUAUGCAGUUCAAGCUCAUUUAAUCUGUUAGCAGGGACCUUUUCUUUCUUUGUUUCUACAUUUACCUUUUUAUUGCUUUCUCAGGUCCGUGGGCAGAAGAGGAGGAAUGGACAGACAAAGCUCGAAGAGUGAUCAUGGAGAGAAUUGGACUUGCCACAGCAGGGUAAAAGAUCAAAGUGCCAUAGCAUAGGAAGACCUUGUUCUUAUGGUGGCCAGCCAGAUGCCUAUGAGAAGCCCACGAGCAUGACAUGUGCGCAUUAGCAGUCUCCUGCUCAAGAGUCUAAGUGACAGUCAUUCAGAAGCAUAGUGCCUCUGUUACUUGGGAUGUUGCAUAGCUGUCAUGUUUAGUUAGGAUCCUGUGAUAACUUAGGAGGGUGUGCUUCAGAAGAGGCAAGACUUUCUCCUGGGAUCUCAUGUUCUGUAGAUCUUGCUUCAGUUCAGCUUUCUCUGGAAGGCCGUCUUCUGGUCCUAAGACAUGUUGCACCUGCACUCCAAUAGUUUUGUCCGUUCAGUGCCAUACACUGUGAUGUUAGCAUUGUGGUGACAGAGGGAAAUAUACUGCUGCAAAUACAGGGUGAGUCCUUUAAAAGAGGCCCUGUGGGUACAGAGUACACAUGUUCCACGGGGCUUCUUUUAAAAGACUCACCCUGUACUUUGAAUUGGGGCGCUUAGCACUUGAUGCUGUCUUCCUGCAGGGAGCCAUAUCAUGACAUCCGCUUUAACUUGAUGGCAGUCGUGCCUGACAGGAGGAUGAAGUAUGAAUCCAAGCUGCAUAUCUUGAAGAUGAACCGGCAAACUGUAUUAGAGGCUUUGCAGCAGGUAAGUUUGGGAUGAGCUUAGUAAUUGAAUCUCUUCUCUUGACUGUAUCUGGCUAUCUGUAUGUCUGUGUACAAGACUGAUGUUGUUGAACCAUUGCUGGGGCUGCAGAUUGUAUACAUUUUUCACCCACUUUCCCUCAAUUUAGAAACACCGGAAGAUGACUUCUGUAUGUAUAGAUUUCAGGGAAGGCCCUAUGUGGGCUGGCUUCUGAGCCUGGGGUGGGAACCAAAAUGAAUCGUUUCUAAAUCAUUGCUUGAACCAAAGUCUUUCUGUACUACAUGUUUGUAAGUGUCACACUGUAUUAUGGCUUUUAUUAUGUACAAGAGUGCAGCAGGCAGCUGAGCAAGUAAGUUGCUGCACAGCCCAUGUGAGCUGCUAAGGAAGGAGUAAUGUUUAAUGUGGGGGAGGCUCAGAGAGCUGUUUCUCUCACUGUUUCCCUCCCCCUUUGCUGAAGUGGUGUUUAAAGGAGGUUGGGAAGCACUUCAGAGAGUGGUUUGGCAAAUCACUUUCUGAAGUGCCCUUCCCUCCAUUAAACGUUUAAUGAGCUGUGAGGGAAGUGGGGCUAUGGAGAGGGAGUGGGGUGUUUGGUCAGGUGGGGGAGAAAGGGUGGUGGUUGAGGGGUUGGUGAUCAGAGUGAUCAGUGGCAGCAGCCCCAUAUAAUUAAGUAAUAGCAGAAAUAAAUAAAUCGCGCAAGAGGUUACAUGGUUAUCCUCCUCCUCCCCACUCCUGGCUGGCCUUUUCAUUAAGGAAGCAUGUUAAUUGGGAACUGGCAUGUUGAUGGGAACUUCAUUGCUUUCCUUCUAUGUCUGUGGGUUUUUCCUUUUUGUGAAUUGCUUUGUUCUACCUAUAUUUUUUCCUCACCAGCUAAUCCGUGUGACGCAACCAGAGCUGGUCCACACCCAGAAAUUCCUGGAGGCCCAAGCUUCUGAAGAGCCAAAGUCAGCAAACAGCAAACCCCCCACAGCCCUGCCACUGGGGCGAGUGCAGCUGGUCCCCGAGAGCUCACAAGCAGGUAUGGGGAAAUGUAGAAGGGGGCUGUGGAGUGCGGAGAACAAAGAACCAUGCUCAGAAUGGGAUAUGUUUUUAGAUGUUUUUAACUGUUUGUAAGUUUAUAUAUAUAUAUACAGUGGUGCCUCGCAAGACGAAAUUAAUCCGUUCCGCGAGUCUCUUCGUCUAGCGGUUUUUUCGUCUUGCGAAGCAACCCUAUUAGCGGCUUAGCGGAUUAGCGCUAUUAGCGGUUUAGCGGCUAUUAAAGGCUUAGCGGCUUAGCGGCUAAAAGGCUAUUAGCGGAUUAGCGGCUUAGAAAAAGGGGGGAAAGCGAAAAAAAUCGCAAGACUCGCAAGACUUUUUCGUUUUGCGAAGCAAGCCCAUAGGGAAAUCCGUCUUGCGAAGCGUAUCGAAAAACGGAAAACCCUUUCGUCUAGCGGGUUUUUCGUCUUGCGAGGCAUUCGUCUUGCGGGGCACCAGUGUGUGUGUGUGUGUGUGUGUGUGUGUGUGUGUAUAUAUAUAUAUAAAUAAAAUCAUUCUGAUGUUUGCCACCUUGGGCUCCUUUGGGAGGAAGGGUGGGGUAGAAAUGUAAUAAAAUAAACUUGGCUUAUUAAGGAUACACUUACUACGUGAAAGCCGCUGAGGGCCUGAUUUUACUACUUCAACAAAAUAAAUAAAUAAAUAAUACUUUAGCCCAGUGAUGGGCAAACUGACCACUGGUCCUGUUAGCUAGGGAUGAUGGGAGUUGUAGUCCCAAAACAUCUGGAGGGCCAAGUUUGGCCAUGCCUGCUUUAGCCUGUCCCUUAGUGCAAAAACAGGGUUGCAAAUUGUAGGCAUUUGUAUCAGAUUUAAGUGUCUCUGUUUGCCUUUGUUGGAUUUGGGGUAAGCGUGUGGUGUUCUGGAAAGGAGUGCUUGCUCAGUGCAUCUGAAAAUGUCUCAUUGGAGGUGUAUGCAUUUACUCAUUAAGUAAGUGUAAAUGUUCUCAAAUGGGAAAGUAAAAGAGAUGUUCUUUGCAGAGAGCACUGAGGAGUCUGGAGGCCAGGAUCAGCCUUCAUCAACCCAGAGCCCCCCAAGCAAAUCCAAACUGGGCAAUAAGCUACCUGUGAGCAGCAUCAAUGGGGCACUGGCCAACCCUAGCCCUAUCGUGCAGAGACUGCCAGCUUUCCUGGAUAACCACAACUAUGCCAAGUCGCCCAUGCAAGUAAGUAUAGGGGAGCUGUGCUGAACACAAGUAUCUCAUUCAAGUUUCUGAUUUACGAAUCUCUAGUUGACAGUGACUGUUGUCAAGCUUUCUUUCACAUGCCAGAUAGAAACAAAUCUUUAACAUGAGAAUUUGCCUUCGGUAUUUUUUUUUUUUUUAAAAGCUUUUCUACAUAGGUGGCUGCCAUUGCUUUGUAGGUUGUUCCGCUGAAGUUCCACUGACGCUUUUAGCUUCUCCAUUAGAGGGUAUGAAGUAGGAACAUUCCUAUGUUGUGAAUAAAUGGCUGUCAGUGUCUACUAAGCACCGUGGCUGUGCUCUGUCGGAAUAGUCAUCUCUGUCUCUGAAUAUCAGUUGCUGGGAAGUGCAAGUGGGACACGAUAGCUCAUAUCCUGCUUUCUAUGAGCAUCUAGUUGGUCACUGUGAGAACAGGAUGGGCCAUUGACCUGAUCUAGGGUUCCCAUAUUUCAAACAGUGAAAACCCGGACAGAAAGGUUGUUAAGCUUUUUCUGUUGUUGAGCUUUUUCGGCAAGAUCACUUUUUUUUUUUUUUUUGCUGUUUUUGAGCUAUUUUAAUGGGAAAUUUGGCACUACAGACAUGGGCUUAGAAAGCUGGUUUCUCAGGGCUCGGAUGAUGCCUGGGAUAUUUCUUUGCGAAGGACUGUUGGUUAAAUGAGGGGCUUUUGAGGGCAGUAGAUCUCUCAGAUUGCAUUCCUUAGGUGUGUUCUGAUAUGCAAUGCAGGAGGAAGAGGACCUUGCAGCAGGAGUGGGCCGGAGCCGGGUCCCAGUACGGCAGCACCAGCAGUACUCGGAUGAGGAGGAUGACUAUGAUGAGGAGGAGGAGGAGGAAGUUUGCAAUGCCAAUCCUGCCAUGAGGUAAUGGUGAUUCAUUCUCCCUUUGCUCCUCUAUAGGCAUAGAAUAGAGGGUGGGAGCUUUUCAAUGCAAGUCAGUGAUUAUUUUUAAAAACCAGCAUUUUCAGUUGCUAUAUUUGACUUUGAUUUGAAGCCUCACUCCCUUGUGAAAGGAGAUUUUAAAUUUCAGAGGUUUAAUUGUUUUAAAAUUUGUGUAUUCUAUUGUUGUAAGCUGAUUUGAGAUCUACCUGGUGAAAAGUGGGAUACAAACUGUUUAAACUAGGGUUUCCCAAACUUGGGUCUCUAGCUGGUUUUGGAUUACAACUCCCAUCAUAGCUAGUAGGACCAGUGAGCAAGGGUGAUAGGAAUUGUAGUCCAAAAACAGCUGGAGACACAAGUUUGGGAAACACUGGUUUAAACAAACAAGCAAACAAAUCCUUUACAGUAGAGACUCCUGGUGUUCUGCAUUUUUUAAUUGCAUAUUACUGAAUGUGAGUAUGGAAUACUGUGAUGUUUUGAUUGUUUCCACCGGACCUGUUAUGCCUGAUCUUUGCUGCUCCUAUUGCCCUUUGAUCAUCUUCAAUUGCUCUUCCUCUCUUGUUCCCCAAUCUUGAACAGAUUCAAGCGGAAGGGCCCAGUGAAGCAGGAGCCCCUGGUGGGGAGUGCAGAUGGCCAGCUCUCCAUGCUGCAGCCCAACACUAUCAAUGUCCUAACUGAGAAGCUCAAGGAAACACAGAAGGAUCUCUCCAUCCCCCUAUCAAUCAAGACCAGCAGUGGAGGCACUGCUGUUGCUGCUGUUGCCCAUUCCCAACCAUCUCCUACACCCAGCAAUGAGAGUACGGACACUGCCUCAGAGAUUGGGAGUGCCUUCAAUUCCCCACUCCGCUCCCCCAUCCGCUCAGCCAACCCCACUCGUCCCUCCAGCCCUGUCACCUCUCACAUCUCCAAGGUGCUGUUUGGGGAGGAGGAUAGCCUUCUGCGUGUGGACUGUAUACGCUACAAUCGAGCUGUGAGGGAUUUGGGGCCUAUCAUCAGCACAGGCUUGCUGCACCUCACAGAGGAUGGGGUUUUCUGCCCACUUACUAUAACAGGUAAGAUUCAGCGGAAGAGCUGUAGCCCCUGUACUCCUGUGUAACUACUCCUGGAGCAGACGGUUCUGACCCUAUGAUGAGCAGUGAGAGAAUGACCAGUGGUUUCCAGUUAGAUACCGAAGGCAUAAGAAUAGAACAGAAAGCUGUUUGGUAGGGGUGUGCUGAUCCUGAUUCAGUUCAAAACCCAGUUCAGUUGAGAGUGAUUUGGAGGCUAUCCAUUUCAGUUCUGGGUUCAAAUCCUGUUUUGGAAGUUUUCCAUCUUAUAGAAACAUAGGACAAUGAGUUUUCAUGCUAGGCACAUUUAAAGUUUAAACCCACCCCCACCCCCCACCCCAAGAGGAACCAUCUAUGUAUGUGCUAAUUUUUGGGCAGAAUUGGAUGAAAUUUGCAGGCAUGAUAGUCUCUUCUAUGAGAUGAAUCCUGCCAAACUUCAGAAGGAGAAACUGUAAGGACAGGUUUCGUUUAGAAAAGUUAAAAGGCUCACUUAAUUUUUCCUGUUUUUUAAAGGGAUGAUGUUUAUGAAAACAGCAUUUAGAGGUAAUCUUAGGAUUGAAACCUGCCAGGUUACAGAGAAAAAGGCCCAGGUGUUUUUUUUGCUAGGCGUCUUUAAAAGAUUUUUGUGUGUGCAGGGAUGAACCUGCGGUUUGGUGGGCAAUGAUUAUGAAUAUGGCAUAUAUUGUGGAGGUUCCCCUAACUUCUGCAGUUUGUUGGUGAGAGCAUUACAGCAAAGGUCUGCUCUUCCUUUUUCUAGAGUUCCUUUUCCCAUCAUUAAGAGUCUGGCUCAUUGCUGAUUCUGGAAGCAGAGCCAAAGUACUAUCAGAUAAUCUUCACAACUUAUCUCCUCCCAAAGCAUUUGUGAACUGUGUCGAAGCAAGGCAUAAGCUUAUGAGUAAUCCCUAUAGAAGGACCCAGUGUUGACUUGAUGUGACUACAGCCUUGGACUACUAAAAGUAGGAGUUUGGCCUAGGACUAUGCAUGGGAUAGUUAGAGAAGGAGGAAUAUGAGUAUGACCUGUGCUCAGAACAUGUAUUUAAACACUACAGAAGUACUUAAACCAUUUGCGUAUUUUCCUGAAUGUUAAUAUCGCUUCCUGGCAUUUCUGGCUACUUUAUUUGAUGCUGAUGUUUUAUUGUUAUGUUGUGCUUAUAUGCAGCUGCGUUUUAUUUUGUAAACUACUUUGGUAUUUCUUUGAAAUGAAAAGUGGUAUACAAUGGUUUUAAUAAGAUGAAUCCACCCUGUGUGUUAGAAUUGUAGAGUUGGAAGGGACCCCAAGGGUCAGCUAGUCCAACUCUCCUGCAGCAUUCCUCCUUUUUGCUCUCUUCUCCACUGAUACCAGAUGGUGGGAAAAACUCCUCAUCUUCUAGCAAAUCCAGUGAAGAGCUUCAGUCCACUGUCAAACUAGAAGAGAGAGACUCAAGUGAAGCAAAUGACAGCAAGGAGAAGCCUGGACUUGGUCGGUCUGGUGAUCUCCCUUGUGGGGAAAAGUAUUCUCCUAAAGUAAGCAUUUCUACCCCUGCUUCUCUUCCUCCCCAAGACAGCUGGUGCUCGUUGGCAGUAUGAGUUUUAGAUGCUGCAAUUCCUCACAGUUACACUUCGGACCAGGCACCCCCAACCUGCGGCCCUCCAGAUGUUUUGGCCUACAACUCCCAUGUUCCCUAGCUAACAGGACCAGUGGUCAGGGAUGAUGGGAAUUGUAGUCCAAAACAUCUGGAGGGCCGAAGGAUUGGGGAUGCCUGCUUCAGACAGUCCAAGGUCUAUGAGACUGUGUAACACUAAACCUUGAAGCUUGUUAAUUUCCUACAUUACUGCUGGUGGUUUUUUUCCCUUCUUCCUUGCUGCUGUUAGGUAGAACCACUUUCCCCCAUUGCAGCCUCUCUUAAUACGGUUUCUGGACUGAGUACCCCCCCUCUUGGGGCUACACACUCUAUGAGUUACAAAGUGGCCUGGUCUGGCACCGAAGCUAUGAGAUGUUUUUUGUGCUUCAUGUGAGAUUGUUCUAGAUGGUGCGCUGUUUUUUCUGCUGACUUUGCAAGUCGAUGAAACACUGUUGGAGAUUGGGUGUGUUCAUACUGUCCCUGUUUUGGCUCUGGCAGGAGCUGCUGGCACUGCUGAAAUGUGUGGAAGCCGAAAUAGCUAACUAUGAAGCCUGUUUAAAGGAGGAGGUAGAGAAAAGGAAGAAGUUCAAGGUAUUCUAGCAGGGUGUUUCAUCUUGGGGGGUAAUCAUGAGAUGACUUUCCUUCACCAUGACCACAGUUUCUGAUAUGAAAAGUCUUCAGACUAGCAAAAUCAGAAGACAUCAUACCAGGAGUCCAUUCAUGAUGCUAAGCUGCUGCUUUUUUGGCUGGGUUAGUAAUAUUUGCACAGUGCCUCUUGCCUGAAGCUGAAAUCUUGCCUGAAAUCUCAUUGUCUAUUACUUAUUAUAAAAACUGGAGAAAAUGGGGCUUUGCCAUUGUUCUUCAUUUGUGGGCACUGAUGUGCCACUGAAUAUAAUUUCCCAAGCUUAUUUUGGAUAAGAUACAGUAGACUUAAUUCACUUAUAUAUUGCCAGUCAGCCACAUGAAAGUUAACAUUGGCAAACAUUUUCUCUUGACUGCUUCGACUAUAACUGCUGAACUGAUAAUUCUCUUCCACCUUACUGACUCUUCCCCUUAGAUUGAUGACCAGAGAAGAACUCACAAUUAUGAUGAAUUCAUAUGCACCUUUAUCUCCAUGCUGGCACAAGAAGGUAAGAUGCAUAAAGAUGAAUAUUGUAAUCUUUAGAGGACUGGGUAUGGAAGCUUUAGUUCACACAACCUUUAUGCCACAAUAAAUCUUUGGUUUAAGGUCCCAAGUAAAGCUAUUUCCCUAGAAUGUGUGUUUUGAAGUGGCUGAAAAGGAAAGAACAUUCCUAACUGCAUAACAAUUGUUUCUCUUUAGCUAACCUUUCAAACUCUCUUCCUGCAGGAAUGUUGGCUAGCCUUGUUGAACAGAACAUCUCUGUGCGUAGGCGGCAAGGGGUCAGCAUUGGGCGUCUCCACAAGCAGCGGAAGCCUGACCGGCGGAAACGUUCCCGGCCGUAUAAAGCCAAGCGUCAGUAGCACCGGCCUUUGGACAGUACGUUGUGUUCACUGCUUGUCACUUUGGUCAUCUGGUGCACAUUUCAGGCUCUACCAGCUGGGCAGUUCCCAGGAGACGGGCUUUGCACAAAUAAUCAGUGUUAGUGUAAUGUUACAUGCAAAUCCACCUGCAUUCAAAUGGGCUGUAGAUGUUCCUCUAAUGGUGGUGACUAUGUGGGCAUUCCAGUGUAACUUUUCUCCAAACCCUAAGGACCAGGACCACUUGACGGUCCUACUUAACACAGCACUUGAAUUUGCUACUCAGUGUCCUAAAUCCAUCUGCAGUAUAUCUUGCAGUAGCCAAUGGCAUCCUUCAGAAGCUCUGUAGGGAGAUUAUUGGAAAAGGAGAAACCAAAUUCCUGCCACCUUCUAGAAGGGCAUUGCAGCAGGAGUUGGUGUGGAGUUGGGUUCAGUUUUCCCAGCAAAAAAGGAAUUGGCAAUGUACUGUUUCUGGCCAGUGCCAAUGGUUCUGUGUUCUCCUGGGAGGCUAUUAUCUAUUUUCUGUAUUAAAAUGUAUAUAUAUUUUUUCUGAGCCAUAUUAUCAUUGUAGUGGACUACAGGUGGCCAUCUACCCUUUUUCCAGGAAUCUAUUAUGUGCAUUGGAAGGGAUGCUGUCCACUUGAAGGUCAGGCUUCUUUGCUCCUCCUUUGCAGAAGGUCUUUCAGUUCAGUAUCAGUCCUGUUAAUGUUUCUCUGGGUGGUUUCUUCAGUUGUUGCAGGAACAGGGAGAGGAAUUUCUGAAAUGGGCGGUGGGUGCCCAAAGUAAGGACACAGUGUGACUCACAAUUUAUAGGGGUAUAUCUUGAAGUGUGUGCUGCUUUCUGUUAUAUUUUUCUGUUUGUUAGCCAUGCACAGAAAAGGAUCAGAAUGAUCAAUCAUACGAGAUUAUUUCCCCCUUCCUGAUCUUGGGGGUUGAUAAACUGUAGCCUCAGGUCCCCCUUGGCUUUUGCUCAGAUAAUGCUGCAUAAAACCACCCUCUAUGAAGUUAAAACAAUGCUGAGACAAACAGUUGAAAUGGGUGGAUUAGUGUCAUGACAUGCUAGAAGUAACAUAGGUAUUUGUUCUGUUCUCUCUCUGCUCUCUGGAACUGUUAGACCAUCAAAAAAAAUAUUAAGUGGGUAGGAAUCAUGACAGUGGUCUCUCUGUGUGAUUCCUCCAUGCAUGUGGCAGGUGGAAUAAAGGAAGAAGCCCCAGGAAAGCAGCUCCUUCACUGCUGCCAGUGAAUGUGAAGUGACCCUUUUUAUGGGUUGUUAACACUUCUGAGGCACAGACAGGAAGCAGACUGUUGAUGAAAGGGCUACCGUUGGAUAACUGGUUUUCCUUGUAUGCUUUUAUAGUGAAAAGUGAGACAAGGCAAGAAGUAGUAGUUUUCUCAGCAGUGGUGGCAGUGAUCAAUGAGGGAGGAGUUAUGCCUUUAGCGUGGGUGAUGGCCAAGGCAGAGACAGCUGGAUCAUCAGUGCACAGGUGUACCUGGGAUUGUGGACACUGCUCAGCAGCCCUACAGCUGGAUAUUCAGUCACUCUCUGCUACUGCUACUUGCCAGCAAGGGUGUACAAUCCCCCCCCCCCCCAGUUCUACCUCAUUGCCAGUCUUCUGCUGCAGCAACAGGCUUAACGGUAAAAGAUUGGCAAGCUGGAUAAUCAGCAUGGCAGCUCUACUGCCACCACAGCCGACUUGAGACCUUCUUGUCUACUUCUCCUUAUGUACAUUGGUUUACUCUUGUGUCCUGUGAAAAUUGAGUACAAACCUCAGUUCGUUUUUGAACGAUUCGGCUCCCGAAUGCCAAAAACCCGGAAGUAAAUGCUCUGGUUUUCGAACAUUUUUCGGAAGCUGAAUGUCCCAAUGCGGCUUCUGCUUGAGUGCAGGAAGUUCCUGCAAUCAAUCGGAAGCCGUGCCUCAGUUGUUGAACAUUUCAGAAGCCGAACAGGCUUCCAGAACAGAUUACUUUCGACAACCGAGGUUUGACUGUACAUGGUAAAUGCAGCAGCAUUCGUAUUGAGGAGAGAGACCAGGACCCACCUGCAAGUUUGCUGUAGGUUAUGCUUGCUGGUAGUCAUAGGGUAUCAUAGGAUUUCUGGAAGAAUUUCUCUUUUGCUGAAACUCAUUCCAUGAACAUGUAUAGUUGAGUCUUCUUUCGUACUACCAGAAAUGAUUAGUGGAAAGCAAAGGAAGACCACAAGAUGAGGAGUGAAAGGACACCCAGUGAUUCCUGAGAUGGUAGUGCAGCUGAGAGCAGAACUGCAUUUGCUUUCUCUGAAAAUAUGUACAGAUGCUGACUGUAGAAUUAUUAUUUUUUAUAUGUUGACAGAAUCAACUGUCUUUUGUUUUGUCAGUUUCAAGUGCUGUAAAUACCAGUUCUGGGUCAGAAAAUAAAAUGUAUACCCAUCUGAAGAUUUCUCUGAUCAGACCAUAAAACCAUAAAUUUUGUCUCUAUAAUUGCAAAAACAGAAAUGCUUUUGUCACUAUACAUCUUAGCAACUGCACCCUUGUGCCCUCUUUGUCUACAGGAUGAGGGAAAUCCCAGUUAGGAGUGCCACAGUUGUCUGCGAAAGUUGAUAUUUUAUUAAUGUUAUAGGAUUAAAUUAAUGAAAUGAUAGCAUUAUCACAAUCUUAUGAUCAGCUGUGUUUCCGCAGAGGAUGCUUCAUCAAACAAGUCUAGUUGCAUAGAGCACCUGCAUAACUUCGUUCUCCUCUAAGCUUCAGGAAGCUGCUCAAGUCUAUUCCUUCAGUGUUUAGAAAUCUAAGGCACAGAUCAAGGCAACACCCCGUUUAAUCCAGUGCCUCUGAGGCUUACUGCUUGGAAUCUCUACAGCAAUCACAUAGUUAGUAGAAUGGCCCGUUGUGGACAGUGUCCCUAGCAAAGAAAAUGAACAGUGUUAGACUGUAGUAUAUUGAAGAAGAUAAUAUCUUUGUACCACUUACAGGCUGAUGAUCCUACGGCUGAAAUGACAUUUGCUACAGGAGUUUUUUUGUCUUUCAAACUGGCAUGAUUUCUGCAAAAGAAAUCUCUGGAGACGGAAAAGUAGCUGAAAAAAUUAUCAUGGCUGGAGGGCAGAGCACUUUCUUCCUUGUUUGUUCUGCUUCCCCUUCCCUAGCAAAGGUUUAUGCAAACACCAUGUAACAAGGGAUUGUUUGUAAUCCCCAGAUUGUUUGAGAGAUGGGGGAAGCUUGCUAAAAGUAGUCAAAGAUGCAAAGGGACAUAUGAUUUUCAGCAUGCGAAAGCACCUGUCUCCCCUAUUGAUUACUGUAGCCUUUCUUAAUAUGUUGUUGAACUACAACUCCCAUCAUCCCUGACCACUAGUAAGCUAGGGAUGAUGGGAGUUGUAGUCCUACACCAUCUGCAGACCUAAAGUUGAGAAAGGCUAGAUUCAUGAGAAGAAUUUCUAAUACUGUUCCUUUCCAAGUUUUGGCAUCCUUCACCCAACCUUCCCCUGAAAGGCUUACCUGCACGUGUUAAUGUCUUGUAGAUGGGACACAGAUAGAUGCCUUUGGUUGGAGGCUUGCGGUUAGGCACAGGAACUAGCCACAGGACUGCCAUUUCUGUGUACAGCUCCUUUGGCCGUGACUCUGCAAGCUGAAAGAACAUGGGGUCCCAGCGAGCCCCUUCCAGAAACAAGCCGUGGAUGUAACAUCCUUCAGUAGGACGCUGAGUUAGUGCCUGCACAGGCUGACUCAUCACCUAAAUUGAGAGGGUGGGAAAGCAAGUUUUCAUCAAUCAAUCAAUCAAUCAAUCAAUAAGGUAAAAGAAAUGUGCCAGUUUGAAACAACAGAAAAAGAAGCCUGCCUGUGGGAUUGUAUCAAAGGAGUUUGUCUGUAUCUGAGCAGAAGGAUUGUGUCUAGUUGGGGAUACCUGUAGCACCAUUCACAUAACAUAAUCUACCAAAUUUUAAAAAGUAGGGGUGUUCUGUGGUAAUUGGGGACCACUGCUAUAGUGGUUUAAAUGUAAUGGGGGACUAGGAACCACAGGUACCUUUCACUUGCAAAGCUGACACUUGGGUUUUCAGUAGGUAAAAGGGUAAAAAACAUCACUUGCUGAGCUUUUGAUACAACAUGAUCCACUGACCUUGAAGUCAAAAGAGAUGGUGUCUAUGGAUAUGAUAGACUUUCUGGCAAAGUUCUGCAGUGUCCCUGUUAGAAAAGCCUGUGGGAAGAAGAAUCCGCUUAUCCAGAACACAGGUGGGAUCCCUUUUUCAAUCCACCUCUGCAAGAAGUCAAUGCGCAGCAGCAGGUCGUUCACCCAGGAGGCCAAGGGCUUCAAGGAGGGAUAGGCCUGUGGGAAGAAUGGCGUUGGAAGAAGGGGCUGUUAAGCUUCUGUAAGUCCCAGUCCUUUGAAUUGCUGUGAGGCAAACAUUUUAAAUGCAAAUUAAAAUUAACUCUGCUUGGUCAGCCAGUAAUCUGUGGUGCUAAAUUUCUACAAUGUAAGCAAGAAAAAGUGUUUUUUAAGGUUUGGCUUCAUCUGUACAUCUGUGAAGUUUCAGUCUGGCUUGGCGUUCCUUAUGAAAAACUGACCAGUCAUAGCAGCUAAGUAGAACAGAGGCGUUUCUCCCAUUUUGCAAAACAACCUGCUGCACUGCUGCAACUACCAAAAACUGUGCAUAGCGCUCAGAAGUACCUUACUGUUCCACAUCUCCGGGACAAUAUUGUUGUAUAAACUGAUGGACAUCAGUUCCAGCUGGGAUGACAUCACCACUAGGCCUUUGAGAGCUUUCAGCAGAUCUUUUAAACUCGCUGCAAUGACUGCCAGCAGACGAUUGUAUCUGUGCAAAAUCAAGGCAGGUAUUCUUGUUAAAAAAAAAAAAGCAAACUAAUCCAAUGCUGUGAUUUUAAUAACUUCUGUGAGCAUAUAUGACUGUGCAAACUUGGGGAUAUCAUGUUUAAUUUAUAUGCUGGUUUUCAACAAAAUUCUCAACAUUAUAUCAUAUGCAGCUCUGU